AUGUCAGUUUCAAAGUCUAUUUCACCAAAAGUUGCAGAGGUAAAUGAUUCCAACGACUUAAGAAUAAGUGAGUUAUACAACGAAGAGAAAAACCAAGUCUCAGAUUUUGAAGAUGGAGACGAGAAAGGAGAAAUGCACAAAGAACAAAACCAUGAUAUCAAUGAAACUGAAAACAGAACGGCCCAAUUACUCGGAGAAACUGAUUUCCAAACAGUCUUAGAGGAGCUAGAGAAAAUAAAAAACGAACAGGGUGAAGAAAACAAGAUAACGGAAAGCUAUACGUGCAGUAAUUCAGAUGAAAGCGACGAGGCCAAUGAAAAUAUUGUGAUGAAAAAUGAAGAGGACAGAAACGACAGUGACUUUUAUGACACUGAUUUAGAAGACGGUCCAUUUAAAACAGAUUCAUCACAAACAGAGCUUCGUCAACAACUACUAUUGAUUUUGUUAAUAGAAAAUGACUUUGGAGAGAGCGACUACCUUAUCUGUAGACAGAGGUAUAUUGAAGCUUGUUCAAAAUAUGGUCACGUCCCCCCUCAGAAAAGGAUUCUACAAGAGCUGGAGAAGAAGACCCUCUCUGUUGCCUAUCGAUGCCUCAGUGCCAGGGAUAUUAAACCUCUCUGUGUGGCUUUAGUGGACAAUCUCCGUGUACAAAAUCUUAAUCUGUCUCAUUGUGAUAUCAGAGACGAAGGAUGUGUGUAUGUUGCUCAGCUCCUAACCGAUAACAUUGUGAUAUCGAGACUGAAUUUAUCCAGCAAUGGUUUAACUUACGUCUCCAUGAAUACCUUGUCACAUGCACUGGCCUACAAUAAAAUUUUACACCAUCUAGAUCUGUCAGGGAACAAAUUAGAUUAUAAAGCCGUGUACCUCCUGGCCUCUGGAUUAGCGAAAAACUCGACCUUGCUGACAAUAAAUCUUAGCAACAAUGCUUUCUGCGAGGAAAGUGGACUAACUCUAGGUGCUGCUCUAGCCGAAAACAAGCGUAUACAAGAAAUAGAUUUAAGCUGGAAUCAGCUAAGAGGUAGAGGUACAGUUGGGUUACUGAAGGCCCUUGAGAUAAACUCAACUCUGACCUCCAUAAAUCUAGCCUGGAAUGGUCUCCUCUAUGACGGCUCGGUAGCUGUGUCCAAAUGUCUGAAAUCGAACACGACGCUGACGUCACUAGAUAUCACUCACAACAACAUCAACUGGAACGGAGCAUGGAUCAUCUCAAAAGGACUUGCAGCAAACAAAACUCUUCAAGUGCUAAAGAUUGGGAACAAUCCUUUGACUACGACUGGAGCGAUGGAUCUGUUGCUUGCAGUGUCUAGUGAGACCAGCAAAGUCCGUGUUCUUGACCUGAUUGACGUUGCUGUUCUUGGUGAGACCGAAUUACUGGCGAUUAUGUUAAUGAAUAAGCGAAAGCUGCAGUUUAUACAUGGAGGAGUGGUCAGGUCUAGCGAUGUUCUUGGAGAAAGAAAGGAACGUGAAAUAACCGCCAUGGAGAAAGUCAUUUCCUACAUGAAGUCUGUUGGAUUACGUCCCCUUGAAUUGCUUCGGGCAUUUGAUAAAUCUGCGCAAAUUAAUGUUUCUCAAAAGGAGUUUAAGAAUAGACUGAAGAAAACAGGUCUGCCGUUGUUUCGCUAUGAGCUAGAAUCUCUUGCUCAAACUAUUUCUACGAGGUCAACUGGUGAUUCCAGAGGAAUUGAUUACAAGAAACUUGUGGAAGAGGUCAAGCGUCAGAUCUUAACCGAACGAAACAGGAAAAUAGCCGAGCGCAGAAAAAGAGAAAAAAGGAGAGAGUAUCAUAAGAGAGUUCUUAACGUUAAACUUCCGGUAGAAGUGCUGUCAGAACUCGAAGACGAGAUAUCGCAAAUAUCCCGCCCUCAGACCGCACAGAGCAAUGUGUCCAACUCAACAGUGUCACUCAGGGGGUCUCUGGAACGAAUGAAUAGUAAACGAUCUAUCCUCUCUCUUCCUCCCAAACGAACUACUAGCAAACGAUCUGUCUUUUCUCUUCCUCAAAUCCCAUACUCUCAAGAAACACAACAAACUCAAACACCGCCUCUGCAGAUUAAACAAAUUGUGCCAUCUAAAAAACCUGGACCAACAUUGUCGAUGUGUGCCCCGCUGGGAGUUUCUAGUAAAUCAGUUAAGAAGAGUGUGAGGAAGAAGAAGAGAAAAAGCACCACCGGCAAAAAACAUGAGGACGGACAUUCAUGGAUGUCUGUAAAUGUACCGGCAUAAUAUUUAGCGUCUGUUUAUGUACCAGCAUCAUUAAGCUGAUGGUGAAAUUUAACGUAAAACACAACGAAUACCGUAUACUUAUAGUGGUCCAAAAACAAAAUGUAUGGUUAUUGGUGUAUACACUUUCCGAGUCAGAGAACGUAGCCAUGAGUUAUUUGACUUUUUUGUACAAAGAUUGUCGGGGACUGAUAAAAAAAGGUUUCCCCAUCGAAGAAUUAGCACUUGCAUGUUAUUUUAGGAGAACACUUCAUAUGUAUUUUAAUUUGUCGUUUCUCUCUAAAUAUUUGCUUUUUUUUGAUACCGAGGAAUGUAUUAAUUAAGUACUUCAUUGAUCUAUCUCCUAAUAAUCUGAUAUUAUUCCUGGGUUUUUUCUUUAAUAGUAUUUUUUAGA